AUGUUCACUGCAUUGACACGUGCCGCCGAGGUUGCUGGGCGACCGGACAUCGUGACGCAAGAUACUAUUGACACAUUCGCUGCUGAUGAACUCAGAGAGCAUGGAGUGGACCUCACACGGUAUACUUCGUGGAAGAUAGGCCUUCGCUUCCUUCGUAGUCUUAGGGAUGCUGGCCGUGAUUUUAUCUUCAAGGCCAUCAACAAAGACAACUUCACCAUAGCUGGACGCCAUGGAUCACGUAUACCGGAGGAAGUGCCUCUCCACAACAGAAUCUACUUCGUUUUUGCGUACAACCACAGCAUCGCUGGACACGCGAUCCCAAGUUAG